GUUGCACCUUGUGUUACAUGAUUUUAAUUAAACUGCAUAAGACAAAUGAAAUUGUUAUUCUUAUGCUGGCUGUGUAAUCUUGAUACAUCCUAUUUCAAUAAUUUUUAGCAUCUCCUGUAAUCUGAAAUGUUAAUCUAGUAGGAAAAGAAGUAAUGCCAAUGAAACACAGAAGACUACAAAGUCUGAACUUAGAAGCUGAGACACAGGAAAACGUGGAACAACAUGAAGAUGUCCAAGAUCCACAACCAGAGCUCACCAUUGGGUUUCUUGAGGGAGAAGCGCCAACAAGGAAUAAGUCAUUCAAAAUAAUAUGGCAAAAUGGAGUUGUUCGAGAGGUUUUUAGAAAUUUCCGAACAGCUGAAUUGUGGGAUCUGAAAGGAGGAAGAGUACUAGUUGAAACUGACAAGAAUGGCAUUCCCAAUCAGUGGUCUGAAUCCAUUCUCUCGUCAUACCUUGGUGAGCUUGCACAAAAUUCAUCAUUUGCACCAUUACACAUUCCGAGAUGGGACAACAAAUUAUUCAAAGGUCCAAAGGAACGCAUCAUCAAAGAUGUUGAGAAAAAAAUUAUCUAUAGUAGCGAGACAAAAUGGUCUACUCGAGAUUGGAUUCUUAAGACAGUGAAUAAAAGGUGGAGAGACUACAAGUCAGACUUGAAGAAACAAUACUUCAAUCCAGAUAAGAGGUCUUUUGACCAGAUUGAAAAGGAUGUCCCUGAUGGUGUGAAUGAAAAUCAAUGGAGUUUUCUGUUAGGCAUAUGGUGCAGUGAAGCACAUCAGAAAUUAUGCCGGACAAAUGCGGAAUCUGGAAAGAAGCAGAGGCAUCCACACACUAGCGAUAGGAAAAGCCAUGCUAGACUUAAAAAGGAGAUGGAAGACAAGAAGAAAGGAAGCAUCACUAAAAUUGAUCUUUGGGACGAGUCUCAUAAGAAGAGGAAUGGGAACUAUGUCAAUCAAAAUGUGCAAACACUUAUAGGUAAGGCCUUCGAUGAAUUAGAGAACAGGAGAAAGGACAAGGGGACACUUUCUACUAGUGAUUAUGAUGAUGUGUUUGAGAAUGUCAUAAGAAAAGACUUGAACAUUCGUGGGUACUAUGAUGAUACAUAUUGGAGCAAUGGAACUGAUUCACAUUCAAUCAGAGGAGAAUAA